GAUUUAUUAAUAUUGAUUUUUAAAAAUGGGGCUUAAAAUUUUAGUUUCCCUCCUUCUUCUCAAUUUUUGCUUGGCAUACGAUCCUUCUACUGUUGAUGUUCAUAUCGUAUGCCAUUCUCACACAGAUGCAGGAUGGUACCAAACAUACGAUUCUUACUUUAAUGAGAAAGUAGUGAGAAUCCUUAACUCGACGAUUGAAGCAGUGCAUUCAAACAAAUCUUACAAAUUCAACUGGGCAGAUACGAGUUUCCUUGCAAAAUGGUAUAGAGAGACAGCCAAACCUGAAGAGAGACAGAAGCUCCAUGAUAUUGUCAAUGAUGGCAGAUGGCAGUUCAUGGGUGGUGGCUGGGUCAUGAAUGAUGAGUCACUCACUGUGUAUAAAAACGCAAUGCUUCAGAUAGAAACAGGUAUCAAAUUUUUGGAAGAGACAUUCAAUGUUAGGCCUCGAAUAGGCUAUCAGAUUGAUCCGUUUGGAAAUUCUGCAGUUACUCCAAGUAUUCUCUCAGCUCUUGGAUAUGAAGGAGUGGUGUUAAGCAGAAUCGGGACAACAUUUGAUUGGGAUCUAGAAACCUCUGAAAAUUCAGAGUUCAUUUGGGAAGGUUCAGAUUUUGAUGAUAAGAGUGAUGGUAAGCCCAUCCUAGCCCAUCACCUAGUCAGAUCUAAAUAUCAGCCACCAGACGAGUUUAAAUUCAGAUCAACUUCAUUUCCAUUCUGGGUUCAUCCAAGAGUGAUGUGUUCAAACAAGGAAGAACUAAAUGAAAACUACAAAGACUGAAUCAAGCUUUUCUGGGAUGAAGUGGUUCAUCCAUCUUUAACAGGCCAUAGGCACAACAAAGUCCUGUCUAUUUUCGGAGAGGACUUUGCAUUUGAUUAUGCUUCUUACAGCCUUGAUUACAUUGAUGAAUUCAUAAAAGUUAACAAAGAACAUUUUGAAGAAGUUACUGGCAAAAAGAUAAAUAUAUUCUAUAGUACUGUCAAUGAAUAUUUUGAUGCAGUAAAGAACUUUAACAAUGGUGAUAUUGAGUUCCCUACCUAUAAAGGCGAUUUCCUUCCAUAUGUACAACUUGACCAAGGUACUUUUGACCACUGGGUUGGAUAUUACAGCUCUACGCCUUCUCUAAAGCAAAUGAUACGACAUUUAUUCCAAAGAGUGAGGUCAUUAAAAUUGGAAACUGUUCUUGGAUAUUUAAAGAAUAACGCAACCAAGACUAACGAUGAUAAGAUAAGAGAAAUUCAGGAAGAAGCUUCAAUAAUGAUGCAUCAUGAUGCCAUUACAUCAACAUCCCCAGAUUGGACAUUGAAGGAUUAUGCUGAAAGAAUCAAAUUAACUGAGAAAAAGAUAGAUGUAAUUGAAGGAGAACUUCUCAAGACCUUUACUACAAGUCCUACUUAUGAUCAUUCAGGCAAAAACAAAGGAUCGUUAAGUGGAACAAAGCUACUCACUGUGUUCAAUCCUUUAGGAUACUCUAGGACAGAGUUGGCUAAUUUUACUACUUCAACAGAGUAUGUCCAGCUGUACAACUCUGAUGGUGAAAUUGUUGAUAAAGCUGAAUUAUAUGUAGAAUAUCUUGCUCAAUAUACAAACACUACUAUAAACACAACAGUGAGAGAAUACAUUGUAGUAUUCGAAGGAGAAUUCCAACCUUUAUCGAUGACCAAGUACUUUUAUAAAGAACUCAAAAAUCGUUCUGAGUGUAAUGAUAAGUGUGUCAGAGUCCUCCAAACGCAGACUCCAAAUGGCAACUCAGAUAUGAAGAUUGAAAACUCCCAUGUUGAGAUUGAAAUUAAGAGGGAACAGCUGAUCUCAUCUUACAAGGAUAAAUGGAGUGGAAUUUCCAUAGACUUCCCAACAACAAUGCAUACAUAUCCAGGAAAUAAAGGAGAAACAACCUCCGGAUUAUACAUAUUCAACCCUAUUAGGAGUUCUACUGAAAGAAAAUUGAUACCUCAACUUAGAAACAUUCAAGAAGGAAAACUAGUCACAAUUGUUCAUUCAUUUUACAAGCUAGAGGAUACAAAUACCACAAUGGCUCAGUCUAUCACUCUAAAUCAGUGCUCUAAUUUUGCUAUGCAAAGGUCAGUCCGAGUCACGACUAAGAUGUAUUCUGAAGAACUGUAUGAAUUUACAAUGAGAUCAAAUCUCAAUGAAACAUUUGAUCAAGAUUAUACUAAAAUAUAUGCAGAUAAUGGUGCAGACAAUCAACUGAAACAGUUCUAUACCUACCAUGAAGCAAAGAAGUUCAACCUAACCAAGAAUGAGAAGAGUUAUGUAGGCUUAAAUGGCAUAGCAAGCAUUUAUGGUACAGCUUUGAGAUCUGAAAAUGAUACCUUCUUUGGAUUUGUAAAUUCUAACUCUAUUCUUGUGAACCCGAUCACUAAGAAUCAUUAUGAGAUCAUUCUGAUGAGAAAUACUGAUUAUUAUGACGAUAAAGGAAUUGUUGAUCCCCUAAUUGACAAAAACAUUGAAACUUUCGAUCAAAUACUAUUCGCAGUUGAAGGUGUACAGCAAUUCACUACUGUUCAGAAGGAACUCAGUGUCAUACUAAAUGAUAAACUCCAAGUUCGUAAAACUGAUACAGAUUUUAAAACCAGCAUGGAUACUAAAACUGAUAAAAUUCUCCCUAACCCAGGGAUCUCUGCUGGAUUUGGGGAUGUUGACAUCAUCGACGUCUCUAUUAACAAAGACUUUCCAAAAUACCUAAACUGGCAACUCAGGAGCAGGAUGCCCUUCAACAUCAGCCUUCACCCCUCCUUCAAAAUCCACUCUCACUACCCCAAAGGAGUCGAACUCAACACUAACCCCCCUUUCAAGUCCAACAAAGACCUCUCUACCCCUCUUCUUACAAAACGUGCUGCUUACAAAACUCUAAUUUCUGACUUCAAUAGCAGCAUGUCGUUCCCUACAUUCUCCAGUAACACAACCAAGGAUGUAUUGUUUGGGUAUAUUUCUGUGAAGACUCCAGUUGAGCCCUUCCAGGGGAAUUUAGAUGCUGAGAAUAUUUCGUACUUGGAUUUGGACACUUUAAAGAAAAUGAGAGAGAGUGAGAAUGAGGGUGGCGAGGAGAAGCCAGUUGAUGGUACCUAUCCAACCCCCUCUUCAUCAGACCCAAAACCCCCUACAGACCCCUUCCAAGAAACUCAUGACCCAGGGUAUAGUCAUGAUGAGAAUACUGGAGUUUAUAAGUACCAUCAUAGAGUAUGUGACAAUAAAGAUAUUGAGAUGUCUACUCUUGUGUGGGGAUUCAUUAAGAUGUUCGGGAUUUUCUUGGUGAUUGGAAAUGUGGUACUGGGAGCUAGCCUGGUUUAUUUGAAGAGAAUCAAGAGAACACAAAUUCAUAGGUAUGUUAUGUAUUAAAAUGUCAAUGCUGAAU